CAAACCCAAAUACCAACCUAAAAACAAAGUUGUUGCUCCCAAAACAAUAACAACCCCAAAAAAUUGCUUCUUCUUUGGCAGGAGCAAAAUUACUUAAAUAAUCUCAAAUUAACUUCUUACUUCAAAUCUAUUUCUUUUUUAGAGCAAAAGAAAAAUUUAUUUGGGUUUGAAUGUUUGAGUUUGGGUUAGGGAAAAUGUUUCCAUGAAAAUUUUCAAUGUAUUUAAUUUGUGAAAUUUCAUAGUUUGGGUGACUUACCAUACCUUCAUCUUCUUUUUUUUUGGUACAAACCAUACCUUCAUCUUCAUGUUAGUAUAUUCUCUUGAAGAUGAAGAUUAUGAAAAACAUGUUUUUUUUUUUUUUGAAAUAUAAGUUUUGUAAUUUUAAAUAAUGGUAAAUAUUAUUUUAGUAUAUUAGCAUGAAUAAAUUUAUUUGCUAAAAAAUGUUGAAUUUAUAAAAUUAAAACAAUGGAAAAAUAAUGGCGUUUGAGAAGAACUGAAGAAGAGAACAAGAGCAAUGAUAAUGUAUAAUAUAUGUAUCAUGCACCUUUUUCAUUGAACGGUUGAGAUUCAUUAUUUAAGUUGUCCACCCAUGAGAGAUAUGAGACAGUCUCUCACGGUAGAACCCGCCGGUUAUUAAUUCAUCAACAAAAAAAACACCAAUAGUACUCUAUAUACUAUGUGUAAGAAAAAGGGGUCAGUGUUUCAUCUAAAUCCCCACCUGAGGGACUAAGAAAAAGGAUUCAUGUGGUCCUCUCUAUAGUCCUAAAACCAGCCACCCUUCCCAAUAUUUAUGGAAUUUUUUUUGGCUCUAUAUAUCAUCAUAACCACAGCACCUCAAAACAUUGAAACAUGAAACCUCUCUAUCACCCUUUCUAAACAAAAGCCAUCUUUCUAUUUUAAAUUCAAUGAUCCUAAAUAAUUUCAAAUUCACCAUGAAACCUUCUUAUCUUCACAACUUUCUUAUUCUCUCCUAUAUAAACAAAGUGUCCUAAAUAGAUAAUCAGAGUCUCAGUAGAGCGAUCUAGUCUGCGACUCCGCCUAAAUUUCAGUUGUGUUUGAAAUUUGAAGCAAAAAUUUCCUAUAACUCUUUUCUCAUUCUUCUCAAAACAUGAUGCUUGGUUGAUAAACAAAUAAACCACUCCACUCUAAAAUCCUUAAUUUCUUGACCAUAUUACCCUUACUUCUUAUUCCUGUGAUAAAUUCUUAGUAUCAUCAUAUCAGUGUUUAAAAAUCUUAAAAAAUGGAUCUUUUAGAAAACCCAUCUUCUCUAAAACAAAACAGAAUGGAAAUAUCUAUAUGGGUUGCAAAAUUCAUGCUUAUGUCAAUUGGGAUUAUCUCAAUUCUUGUUUUGUUGAAAGUUGCAAUAAUUCCAUACACAUUUGAUCUUGUUCUAUCAACUCUUCCUCAACUUUGGUUCUCAAUAAGAAGAUGGUUAACAGUUCCUUUUCUUUACAUCAUUGUUAACUUCAUCAUAGUCACCAUUGUAGCUUCUUCAAGCUUUUCUGAUCCCAAACAGGCAACCACAACCACCAUUUUAGAAACUACCACUGACCCAAUUGAGUUACAAAACCAAACCAAUGAACCACAUGAAGAAAAAGAAAAAGAGGUUGAAGAAGUGUUUGAAGAAGUUUCAGAAGAACAAGAACAAGAGAAAAAGGUUGUUGAAGUUAAAGACUCUGAAUUGUUCUUCAACAAAUUCAUCACUGACCCAUCACCAGAAGAACAGGAAAAUUGCAGUAAAGACUAUUACUUGACAGAUUCUGAUGAUAAAGUUAAAGACUUUGGAUUGUUUUGCAACAAAUUCAUCACUGACCCAUCACCAGAAAAAUGCAGAAACGAUUAUACCUUGCCGGAUUCCGGCGAUGAUGACAGUUUAGAAGCGACAUGGAAGGCUAUAAUGGAAGGACAAGAGAAAACAAUGAAGCCACAUCUUCAGAAAAGUGACACUUGGACUGCAAGGAUUGUGAAAGCAGAACCAUUUCGUAACAAUGGUGGUUUUGGUGGUGAUGAUGAUGAUGACCCUGUUGCUUGGGCUCAAAGGGAACUGAAAAAGUCAGAAACUUUCAAUGAUAGAUCAUCAUUGAAAAGAGAAAAAUCAAUAAGUCCUGAGGAAUUGAAUAAAAGGGCUGAAGCAUUUAUUAAGAAGUUUAAUAAUCAAAUGAAGUUGCAGAGACUUGAAUCUUAUCAACGUUUUAUGGAGUUGGUCAACCGUGGUGUUUGAUGAUGAUUUGGUUAAUGUUAAUCUCUUCUUCACACCAGUCACAGUUCAAAAUUUAGCAGAAUAAAGUGAUUCUCUGCAAGGAUAUUAACCACUUGGAGAUUUUGUUGUGUACAUAUUUUUGUAACUGAGACUGUGUGAAGAAGCCAGGACAAGUUUCAAGAGACACGGUGGACUUUUUAUCCCAUGUCAAGUUUCUAGUGAAUUAAGUUAGUAUCUGCUUAGUUGGUAUCACGGUUAGUAUGUCAGAAUCACAAUGACUCAUUGUAAUUCUGGCGUAUCCAUUGCGUUACCAAAGAUAUUAUUAAUUUGUUAUACGCAGCUUCUUCUGUCUAGUUAUUUACAUGUUCUAGUAGCUAUUAAAACAUCUACUAUUUAUAAGUUUAUAUUAAAUAAUAAUGUUUGUAGUGAUCA